CCAAACCCACCUCUGCCGUUGCCAAUUCACGUCGUCGUCAUAUCAUUCUCCUCGUAACUUUACAGAACUUAUGUAAUAGGCAAAUUGCCCCCCGGAUCCUUGUUUCGGAAUUUUCGAAUUGUAUGUAUCUUGUUUAUUUUUCUUGGUCACAAUCCCACUCACUAAGAUGGAAUUUUACUUAUUUUUCUGUAUAACAUGAAUAUAUUAUAUAUCUCUUCACUCAAGCGAGUGCAUGUGCAACUUUGUCAAAAGUGUAUGCUAGUAAUCAAUGAGGAAUUCGAAUAUACAAUAGCAUCUCUUUCCUUUCGCGCUGUCACCCUUGGAUCUUUCACAUUCUUUUCUCUCCAGUUGUUCGUACAUGUGUGUCCCAUGGUAAAUGACACCACCGUAAAGAAUAUGCUCGCGCACCGCCCUGUCCUCUUGAUUCUUCUUAACCGCUCCUUUUAUUCUCUUUCACCUUUUCUUUUUUCUUCUAAUUACCAUUCGCCUUUUCCUUCUUUUCCGAUUUGCCUUGCAAAAGCAACAACUUUUACACGGUGUCCCGCCAAAUUUGCUCUCUUGUUAGUGUUACACAUUCACAAAUCAAAGCAAGAAAGUUCUCAACCAAUGAGUGCAUGAUUGUGCUGUCAACUUUUGAUGCAGUCCUUGUUGUCCACCUCAAAUUGUCUUCUUGCACACGCUCUCUUGCAGGCAAUUUCAUGGUUGGCCAUUGCCCUCUGGCCAGCUAUUUCCCUUCCGGUUCUUACCAUUUUUCUCCUCUCGAGCAACUUUGGUGCUUCCAUUUGUGAGGUUGCCAAUGAUGCCAUAGUAGCAGAGGCUGGGAAGCAAGUGACCUCUUCCUCAGGGUCAGGUCAGCUUCAAUCCUUUGCUUGGAUGUUUGGCUCCUCUGCUGGUGCUUUGGGAAAUCUCCUUGGUGGCGUUGCUCUCAGUUAUUUUUCUCCCAAAAUCAUGUUUCUGUUUUUUGCAAUCCUUCUCGUGAUCCAGUUCUUCACAACUGUGGCUAUACCUGAGAGCUCCCUCAGACUCCCAAAGGCAGCUACCAAUCUAUCGGCACUCACCAGCAUCCGCAAGCAAGUCAAAGAGCUGUCAUGUGCCCUGUGUAUGCCUGAAAUGUUUUGGUCAAUCAUAUGGUUUACAUUAUCGUACACUGUCAUACCUUUUCUACUUGGGACCAUGUUCUUCUAUCAGACUGAAAUGUUAAGACUAGACUCAUCAGUUAUCGGCUUAUCAAAGGUGUUUGGGCAAGUGGCUCUCUUGGUCUGGAGCAUGUCAUACAAUAAAUACUUCAAAACAAUGUCUGCCCGCAAGGUCCUGUCAGUUCUGCAGUUUGCCAUAGCGCUCAUAAUGUUGUCGGAUGUGUUAUUCGUUCAGGGAAUAUACAGGAAGAUUGGAAUACCAGACUCCAUAUACACAAUUGUCUUCUCUGGGUUGUUCGAGGGUCUUAUGUUUUUCAAGGUGCUGCCCUUCAGUGUCCAUAUUGCAAAACUUUGUCCUGCUGGCUGUGAGGGAUCAGUAAUGGCCUUUGUUAUGUCUGCACUUGCCCUUGCCACUAUCGUCAGUGGCUAUCUUGGAGUUGCUCUUGCUGCCUUCGUGGGAGUAACUGGAGAUGAUUUUUCAGCACUGCCUGCUUGCCUGCUGAUUGAGGCUGCAUGCACAAUGCUACCAUUGUGUUGCUCGUCAUUGAUCAAAGAGAGAAGAGAAAAGGAGAAAAAAGAAGAAUAGACUACAUAUAUAUCAUCUGGAGAUGGUGUGAUGGUGACUGUCAGGCUUUACCCUAACCUUUUUGCCUGUUCAAUUCUAUAAAGCUAUCACCUCUGGAAGAAACAAAAUAGAAGAUUAGAUUCUUCAGUGUCCAUAUUGCAAAACUUUGUCCUGCUGGCUGUGAGGGAUCAGUAAUGGCCUUUGUUAUGUCUGCACUUGCCCUUGCCACUAUCGUCAGUGGCUAUCUUGGAGUUGCUCUUGCUGCCUUCGUGGGAGUAACUGGAGAUGAUUUUUCAGCACUGCCUGCUUGCCUGCUGAUUGAGGCUGCAUGCACAAUGCUACCAUUGUGUUGCUCGUCAUUGAUCAAAGAGAGAAGAGAAAAGGAGAAAAAAGAGGAAUAGACUACAUAUAUAUCAUCUGGAGAUGGUGUGAUGGUGACUGUCAGGCUUUACCCUAACCUUUUUGCCUGUUCAAUUCUAUAAAGCUAUCACCUCUGGAAGAAACAAAAUAGAAGAUUAGAUUCUUCAGGUGCUAAAUCCUCUAAAGCUUCAUCAGAACGUCUAGCAAAGAGCAUAUAUGUACAUACAAGUUUGCUGCCAUUCUUCUACAGAUCAAGUAUUAUUUCUAUGUAACUAGUUUUCAUACGUUAUUUAAUGUACAUUGGUUUGCUUGUUACAUGUGUUCUACAUGGACAGUUCGAUUUGCAUAUGUUCCGUCACUACCAAUGUUUGUGCGCCUCUCCCACAUGUAAUCUAGUGGCCAUACUGUUUGACGAUUGGUUAUGUACUUAUGUUCAUUGUUA